AUGAUUCCAGACCCUCGAAUCAGACUCAGAGAAGGGAUCAUACAGGGGAAGCUUGGGGUUGUGAGACGGAUUCUUAAGCGAUGGCCCGAAUUACUCGAGAAUGUCGAUAGCAGAAAUGGCUGGUCUUCUUUGCAUUAUGCAGCAUUCUAUGGCAGGUACCUUACUUGCCUGCAUCUAAUACAGCUGGGACAUGACUCGCAUACGCUUCUAAGGACGUACGACGGAGAUACGAGCAUUCACUUGGCGAUCAAGAACGGAGACGAGCAGACGGUGCACCUUCUCUUGCAGCACUUUUUGGAAGAAGGGUUGAACCUGCGAAGCAGUGGGCACAGGAAGUGGGCGCCAAUCCACAUUGCGUGCCGAGCCGAUCAUUACCGAUGUCUAGUGCUCUUGCUACAGUGCGGGGCGGAUGUGAUGCUACAGGACGAUGAGGGGAACACGGGUCUUCACGUGGCAAUGGAGUAUGGGUCUAUCCAUUGUUUGCCGAUUCUUGUUGCCGCCGGUGGAGAGAAGCUUGUAAAUGUGAAGAAUCAGAUGGGACUAGACGCGGAACAGGUUGGGAACUCGGAUGAGACGGUGCGAAAGUACCGACACGUGAAGAAGAAGAAUAACAAUAAGAGCGAUGCGAGCUUUGCCGAUAAUUUCGGUAUUGUUGGUAUACCGAAUACCAGUAGUAGUGCGAGUGUGAGUGUAAGUGCCAGCGGCACCGGCACUGGAACCGGCACUGUUUCUCCACUAUCUGGGUCUAACUCGGUAUCGGUAUCGGCAUCAGCAUCAGCACCAGCUUCGGCAUUGGCUUCGGCAUUGGCAUUGACUUCGGCUUCGGCAGCAACAGGGACGGCUUCGGAACCAGUGUCAGUGCCAGUUUCGGCACCAGGAUCAAUACUGGGGUCAGUACCCGGGCCAGUGCCGGCAUCAAUAUCCGGGUCAGGGUCGACGCCUGCGGAGGGCGGCAACGGUACCAGUGUGAAAAAGGAUGUUGAAAUAGCCGCCCGCGGCUACCAGACCCGACCGCUGUCGUUGACGCAUUCUCCUAUGCGCAACGGCAACAGCAUGGGCCAGGGGUACACUUUUGGGCCAGGGUAUGGCACUGCUACCACCACUAAUACUGCUACUACUACACACAAGCGAACGCAUAGCCGUGGUCACAACCAUGGUCUGGGACAUGGUAAUGGACACGGCCACGGCCACGGACAUGGACAAGGAAAUGUACUAGGACAAGGGCAAGGAAAUGGACAAGGCAAUGGACACGGCAUCGAGGAUCUAAACGACUACUUGGCCGAUUCCAUUUCGACGUCCGAGACAUCUGAAACUUCCAGCACGGUAGGAGCGAGUAAGUUACUCAAUGUGGCAAUUUCGCGUGUCAGGAGAGACGCUGACAGUGGCACGGACGAGGAAAUCGACAGCGAGCCGCCGCGGAUGACCACAGUAUAA